UCCUGUUCAAGAUCAGCAAGCUCUUCGUCGGAGCAGUAGGUAUGAAGAGGCACCUCAUGCGAAAAUAAGAGAGAGAAGAGGCCUCCUUUCAUACAGAUUUGAGUUUUGUAUGUGAGGAAGAAACGUCGGGAAUGAUUACAAAUUUCUGACAGCCGAGGCUGAUUGGGCUUGGCUGCCGUCAUCCCUCCCUUUUCUUUAUACAGUCCAUUUAAAUUUGGAUGAAUAAUGAAGGAUUAAAAGGUUCACGCGUAUUUUUUUCCCCCUCAUGUGUGAGAUCUGCGUGAGGAUGGAAGAUACAAAAGACUGUCAGCCUCCCAUGACUUUUAAAUACCAAGGAUUUAAUUUUAUUUCUGGUGUGCAUGAUCAGAAAUAUCUGGAUUCUCUAGAGACAUUUGAUAUCCGAGAAACUGAUAUUAUUGCCGUGACUUAUCCUAAAUCAGGCACUACAUGGUUGCAGUACCUCCUAUCUCUACUGUAUUACAGUAAUGAGGUAGAGGGAGAAGAUGCCAAAAUGACAAUUGAGGUUGUUCCCUGGAUUGAAGUCAUUUAUGUUGCCAGAAAUCCCAAAGAUGUUGCUGUGUCAUUUUUCCAUUUCCAUAAUUUUUCUAAUUUUCUGGAAAACCAAGAAAGCUUUGAUGAUUUUUUGAAUAAGUUUCUUCAUGGGAAUGUUUUUGGAAGCUCUUGGUUUGACCACAUUAAAGACUGGUACAGUCAUAAACAUGAGUUUGACUUCCUGUACAUCACAUAUGAGGAAAUGAUCAAGGACUUGCGGAGUUCUGUACUCAAAAUCUCACACUUUCUUGGCAAGAAGCUGGAUGACAAAACAGUUGAUAUGAUUGUGGAAAACGGCUCUUUCAAGAACAUGAAGAACAAUCCAGUUGCCAAUUCAGAGAGAUUUUCUUCCGAAUAUUUUGAACGUAGCAAAGGCUCCUUUCUUAGAAAAGGAAAAGUUGGGGACUGGAAGAACAUAUUCACUGUGGCUCACAAUGAGAAGUUUGAUGAGUUCUACUGGAAGAAAAUGAAAGAUGUUCCUCUAGAUUUCAUUUGGGAUCUUUGUGAAUAGAGCCACAUACUGUAUACUUCAACCUACUUUUGCUUCUUCUGCAGAGUAAGAUAUUGAGUCUAUUGAAAUAUAAAGUGUAUUUGCCAUACAGAAACUUUCACACAAUUGAAUACUAAUACAUAUUGUAACAUUUAUAACCUCAACUUUGUAAACAAACCCAAUGUAACUCAAUCAAAAGUGUGAAUUUGCAGUUGGGUGGUGGUUAUAAGCCUCUGUCCCAUUAUUAUGCUGCUCACUGGUGCUUGAUUGAUUGGCUCACUAGCAGAAGUGUUCCCAUACAAUAUAAAAAAAGUUCAGGACUCACAAGCUUAGGUGGGAAUUACAGAAAAAUAAAAAUCUAACUUAAUGCCAGAAACCAUAUGGGGAAAAAAUACUAAGUGAUACACAUGGUAGACAUUAACAAUCGAGAACUAGAAGCCCUGAGUACAGUGCACCUAGUAAGCACACCUUACUCACUUAAUCAUAAGUAUAAUUAACUAUGUACUUUGUGGGAAGCAUUAAUCUCGACAGUGGUUGAUCCUUAGGAAAUAAAAAUCACUUUCUUCUUCA